AUGUUUGGAUCAUCAAAUACAAAUACUAAUACAGGUACCACAUCAGCAGGGUUAUUUGGUGGUAAUACAAAUACCAAUUCAUCUACAGGAGGAUUGUUUGGUAAUAAACCUGCAACAACAACAUCUGGUGGUCCAUUUGGCAAUACUUCUUCAUCUAAUACAGGAUUUGGUUCGCAACAAAAUACAAAUCAACCAAGUGGUGGUGGUUUAUUUGGCCUGAGUAACACAAAUACAGAUCAACCAAGUGGAGGUGGUUUAUUUGGUCUGAGUAAUACAAAUACAAAUAGUGGUGGAUUAUUUGGUAACAAACCUUCUACAACAACAACUGGUGGUGGAUUAUUUGGAAAUUCAAAUCAAAAUCAAAAUCAAAAUCCAACAACUACAAGCUUUGGGUCAAAUCAACAACAAUCUAGUGGUGGUUUAUUUGGUGGUAAUCAAAAUUCUUCAAGUUUGGGAGGGGGUUUGUUUGGUAAUAAAAGUACUACUACGACUAAUGGAGGGUUAUUUGGAUCAAAUCAACAACAACAACAACCGCAACAAUCAUCAGCGUUGUUUGGCUCUCAACAACAAUCGCAACAACCGCAACAAUCAUCAGGGUUGUUUGGCUCUCAACAACAACAACAACCUCAACAAUCUUCAUUAUUUGGCUCAUCCACUAUUAAUAAUCAACAACCAUCAUUUUCAUGGAGUCAACCACAACAACAACUACAACAAACUAUACAACCAAUACAACAACAACAAAAUCAACAAGUCUCAACAUAUACGCCAGCAAUCAAUGAUCAAUUGACUAAAAUUUGGGAACAAUGGGAUCCAAAAUCAAAUAAAAAUUUAUUAAAAACUCAUCUAUAUAAUAAAUUUUCAGAGUCGGAAAUUCAACAAUUGUUAAAUCAACCAAGACCACAAGAUGAGACUUCUGAAGAUUGGGAUAAUGCAAUGUCAAACAGACCAGGACCAUUAUAUUAUCCUAUAAAAGUUUCAUCAUUUUCUGACGUUGCCAGCAGGGUUGAAAUUCAAUUAGAUCAUGUUUCAAAAUCACGAAUUUUAUUAGAUUCAAUAAAUGAAAAAUUGAAUACUUUAUCAAGUAAACAUGAUUUAGAAAACACUACAAGGAUAUUGAAAGCAAAAGCAAAACAUACAAAGUUAUCAAGAAGAUUACUAAGAUUAGCUACAAUUUUGGCUAUUUUGAAAUUGAAAGGAUAUCCUUUAUUACCUGAAGAAGAAGAAAUUAGUAAACAAUUUGAGCUUAUAAAUAUGAAAUUAAAUGAUCCGAAUGGGAAUUUUGGUAAAUUGAGUGAUAUUUUUGCAAGAUUGUCAAUUUUAAAAGAAAGAGCAGAAGAAAUGAAAUAUCAAUUUGAUUAUAAUAUAAAUGUUUUGAAUAAUGAUAUUGAUAUAGAUCAAAAAACUCAAAAAAAUGAGAAAGGAAAUACUGAUAAUAAACAAGACAUUAUAAAUAAAUUAUCUAAAGUUUUAUUAAAACAACAAAUGGGGUUGAAUUAUUUAAAUGAUAUAUUAGAAAAAGAUUUAGAGAAGUUGAAGUAA